AUGUACAAGACUGGGCCGUUGACUAGAAAUCGAGACAAUCUCGGCGGCGAUUGCUGUCUGUAUUCUACCCCACCCAACAGCACCCAGAUAGAAGUGGCAAAAGCAACAAUUCACGAUGCCGUCGACCUUGAUGAGAUCGAGCAUACAGACACGGGAUGGUACAUCUGGCUCAUCGCAUUAACUGCCUCUAUCGGUGGCAUGCUGUUUGGAUACGACACCGGAAUCAUCUCAGCCGUCCUGGUAUACCUCGAAGACGGUCUGGGUCAUCUGCUGUCAGCAAGCGAGAAAGAGAUGAUCACAUCUCUGUGUUCUGCUGGGGCAUUUGUGGGAUCUAUCAUUGCUGGUCUGACAGCCGACCGAUAUGGACGGAAAGCGCCUAUGUAUAUUGGAUGUGCUCUAUUCACAGUGGGAGCGAUUCUACAAGCCACGGCUUACUCUGUUCCACAGAUGGCAGUUGGUAGAUUUAUUGUCGGCUUUGGAGUUGGCUCUGCAGCAAUGAUUGUGCCAGCCUACAUUGCUGAAAUCGCACCUACCAAGCACCGCGGUCGCAUGAUCGGAUUGAACAAUGUUAGCAUGACUGGAAGGCGGGUCAUUAGUUAUGGCCUGGGUGCUGCAUUUUCUAGUGUCCCCAAUGGAUGGCGGUAUAUGGUUGGCUUGGGCGGCGUUCCUAGUAUACUUUUGGCCGUCUUGCUUCCGCUGUGCCCGGAGUCUCCACGCCAGUUGGUGUAUCACGACAAGUAUGAGGAAGCACAAGCAGUCCUGCACCGUAUUUUCAUGACUGCAACUCCUGAGCAGGUUCAGGACAAGACCAUUCUUAUUGAAGCUGGUGUCCGGGAGUCGCGGGCUUCUACUGGUAACCAGACCAGGUGGUCCAUCUUGAAUCAACUCCACACCAACUCCGCUUAUUUCCGUGCUUUGGUGUGUGCCUGUGGUCUGAUGACCAUCAGUCAAAUGUCAGGCUUCAAUGUCCUGAUGUAUUACUCCGGUAUGCUCUUCGCACUAGUCGGCUUCUCCAAUCCCGUCGCAGUCGGUCUGGUUGUAUCAGGAACAAUUCUAGGAAUGACUCUAGUCAACAUGCUAGUCGUGGACUCCUUCGGCCGUCGACGUCUCCUGAUAACAACAGCAUGGGGAAUGUCAGCCAGCCUAGUCGCAGUCGCAGUAUCAUUCGCAUACAUCCCCGUAGACCUGGAAACACUUGAAGUGACAACGAAGUCCAUUACAACACCGGCUAUCAUCGUUCUAGUGUUUAUCAUUUUCUUCGUGCUCUUUUACGGCGUGUCUAUUGGCAACACCGCCUGGAUGAGUGCAGACUUCUUCCCUAUGGAGGUUCGCGCCGUUGGUACUAUGUAUAUGACUUGCUGCUGUUGGGGUUCAAAUCUCAUUGUAUCCUCGACAUUUUGGUCUAUGAUGAAAGGAAUCACGCCAUCCGGCGCCUUUGGGUUCUAUGCGUGUCUGACGUUCAUAGGCUGGGUGAUGAUCAUACUCUUCUACCCUGAAAUGUCGGGACUACAUCUUGAAGAAAUUCGCGAGGUUUUGAAGCAUGGUUUUGGCGUCAGGUAUGCUUCGCGGUUGCGAAAGCAGCGCGCAGAAGACCGUCACGCCCGUCUUGGCUAG